UCAGUCCGGUUAGUUACCCCCAGGUCGUCAUCAUGAAGAGUCUUGCUGUUGUCGUCUUGGCCUUCAGUGCCGCAACGGUGGCUGCCAAGGCCGGAGGGAAGUUCGUGCCAGAGGUGGUGAGAUUCCUGGAGCGGGCGCCGCAGUUACCGCCACAGCGCAUCGUGGGGGGCGAGGUAGCGACGCAAGGGCAGUUCCCGGCUAUGGUGUCGCUCCAGCACCGGAGUCUCUUCGGAAGCUCUCAUACGUGCGGCGGAACCAUUAUCAAUGACAACCACGUCCUUACAGCUGCCCAUUGCGUCAAGGGGUACUCCGACACCUCCUUCGACAUCGUGGCUGGAGAGCAGAACCUCGACCACUCUUCGGGUUUGGAGGAGACCAAGCGAAGCCAGAAGGUCUUUAUGCACGACUUCUCCACGACUACAGGAGUCAACGAUAUCGCCAUUAUCAGGACGUCUCAUAAUUUCGUCUUUGUGCACGACUUGGUCUCCACAGUUGCCCUUCCCUCAGACUACCAGGAAGCUUCAAACGGCACUAUUUGCACCGCCGUGGGAUGGGGCUACACGAUGGAAGGCGGAGACGUGAGUAGCGACCUGCGCUACGUGGACCUCCCCUACCUGACGGACGAGGAGUGCCGGGAUAUCUACGGGGAGGACGCCGUCAUGAUUGACAUGAUGUGCGCUGGCUUCCUCGGCGGCCAAGGAGUAUGCAAUGGCGACUCAGGCGGACCCUCUCUUCUGCGACGGCGUCCAGCAGGGCAUCGUGUCCUGGGGCUCCGGCUGCGACGCCUUCCCCGCCGUCUACACUCAGGUCUCGCACUUCCUCGACUGGAUCAAGAUCAACAUGGAAGCUUAAGUCGCUUAUCAGACUUGCCCAUUCUCGCUGAUUUCUGGUGAAAAAAAAAAUGGUUGUAUCUAUUACAUCAGGGUUUAUAAGCGAAGAUAAAUGCAAAAAUCGAAGAUUUGGUAGCAGAGAUUCAUAUCUGUGAAAAGAAAAAAAAAAUCAGAUUUACAUCCAUCCCAGUAAAAAGUCUGUUCUAGGAAUAAGGUUUGUCUUUCCCGCGUAGUCACAUAAUUUCUCAACAGAUUUUUAAAAAGAGAAUAUAACUACGUUUGAAGAUCUGAGAACAGUGGCGCAGGUGGGGAGGAGAGGGGGUGCUUUUUACCACACUCGGGCCCCGAUGGAGGGGGGACCCAAAUGAAUAAUUAUAUCACAUAUGCAUGAUUUAUUUCCUUCCAAUGCCAAGCUACGCCAGUGUCUCAGGGAAACAGGGUUAGUGUUUACCCUGAAUUGUACAUCCCAUUUUAAUUCAAGAGCAUUGUUGCUCUUAAUAAUAUCAGUAUUGUUAUGGAUAAUAAAUGUUAUUUAUAAC